AUGGCCAGGAUUUUGAUUGUAACAUUAGCGCUAGUCGCGGUAGCUGCGGCGUAUCCAGGAUACGGCGCAGGGAUUGGUGCAGGAUUCGGACAUGGCCAUGACAAUCACGGUCACGACAGCGGUUUUGAAGGCAGUGACAGUGCAGGCAUCGAGGCAGGCAUUGGUGGAGACAUAAGUAAAGACAAAGGCGCAGGCAUCGGUGCAAGCAUCGGUGGAGGCAUUAGUGAGGAACACGGUGCAGGCAUCGAUACAGGCAUUAGUGAAGACAAAGCCGCAGAUAUCGGUGGAGGCAGUAGUGAAGAAGACCAAGGUGCAAGCAUCGGUGGAGACAUUCGUGGAGGCAUUAGUGAAGAACAUAGUGCAAGCGUCGGUGCGGAGGUCAGUGCAGGCAUCGAUGAAGGCGUUAAGGGUAAAAGCCUUAAGGGAGUCCACGGUGGUAGUCAUGAGGGUAACAACGGAGGUUUCGGUAUCGACAUAGGAUUUGGAGGCCAUAGCACUGGUCACGGCAGCCACGGAGGUUUCGGUGGAGACGCGGGCUUUGGAGGCGGCCAUGGUCAUGGUAGCUAUGAUGAUGGUAGUUAUGGCGGAAGCCAUGGCGGAUACCACGACCAUGGUGGAAACUACGGACAUGGUGGAGACCACGGCCAUGGUGGAGACUACGGCCACGGUGGAAACUACGGCCAUGGUGGAGACUAUGGCCAUGGUGGAAACUACGGCCAUGGUGGAAACUACGGCCAUGGUGGAAACUACGGCCACGGUGGAGACUACGGCCAUGGUGGACAUGGACAUGGAGGAUACAGCCAAGGACACUAU